UUGUCUUUGUGAAGUAUAAACCCAUAUUUUGACGCGACCAAAACCCUUGCGCCUUCGAUUCGCAUCUGAACUCUCUCACUCACUUCGCGAACCCUACUUUCUUCCGCGGUGACUGCAUUUGAAUUCCUUUAAUGGCGAUUGAUAGAAUUUUUAAAGAUGAAGCCAGUGAAGAAAAAGGGGAGCGGGCUAGAAUGGCUUCUUUUGUUGGAGCCAUGGCUAUUGCUGACUUGGUGAAGACAACCUUAGGCCCAAAGGGAAUGGAUAAAAUUUUGCAGUCAACAGGUAGAGGACGUGAAGUUACUGUCACUAAUGAUGGUGCUACAAUCCUGAAGUCCCUCCAUAUUGAUAACCCGGCUGCUAAAGUCCUUGUGGACAUAUCAAAAGUACAAGAUGAUGAAGUUGGGGAUGGAACCACAUCAGUUGUGGUAUUGGCUGGUGAACUUUUAAGGGAGGCAGAAAAGCUGGUUGCAACAAAGAUUCAUCCAAUGACCAUAAUAUCAGGUUUCCGAAUGGCAGCAGAGUGUGCUCGUAAUGCUUUGUCACAGAAGGUUGUGGAUAACAAAACGGAUGCUGAGAAAUUCAGGUCAGAUUUGAUGAACAUUGCAAUGACUACUUUGAGCUCCAAGAUUCUCUCACAGGACAAGGAACAUUUUGCAAAAUUAGCUGUGGAUGCUGUAAUGAGACUAAAGGGAAGCACUAAUUUAGAAUCUAUCCAGAUUAUAAAGAAACCUGGUGGAUCUUUGAUGGAUUCAUUCUUAGAUGAAGGAUUUAUUCUUGACAAGAAAAUUGGUAUUGGACAACCCAAACGGAUAGAGAAUGCAAAGAUACUGGUGGCAAACACUGCCAUGGACACUGACAAGGUGAAGAUAUAUGGUGCACGUGUUCGUGUUGAUUCUAUGGCUAGGGUUGCUCAGAUUGAAACAGCUGAGAAAGAGAAAAUGAGAGAAAAGGUGCAGAAGAUAAUAGGUCACGGUAUCAACUGUUUUGUUAACAGACAGUUGAUUUACAAUUUUCCAGAGGAGCUCUUUGCUGAUGCCGGAAUAUUGGCUAUUGAGCAUGCUGACUUUGAUGGUAUUGAGCGUCUGGCUUUGGUAACAGGUGGUGAAAUUGCGUCAACCUUUGACAAUCCUGAGUCUGUUAAGCUUGGGCAUUGUGACCUUAUUGAGGAGAUUAUGAUCGGCGAGGAUAAACUUAUUCAUUUCUCCGGUGUUGCUAUGGGGCAGGCAUGUACAAUUGUUCUGAGAGGUGCUAGCCACCAUGUUCUUGAUGAGGCUGAGAGGUCAUUGCAUGAUGCCUUGUGUGUGCUAUCUCAGACUGUCAAUGACAGCAGAGUGUUGCUUGGAGGUGGGUGGCCUGAGAUGGUGAUGGCAAAGGAAGUGGAUGAGUUGGCCAAGAGAACUCCUGGAAAGAAGUCUCUUGCUAUUGAAGCAUUUUCCCGUGCACUCUUGGCUAUCCCAACAAUCAUAGCUGAUAAUGCUGGUUUGGACAGUGCUGAGUUGGUUUCUCAGCUUCGCGCAGAGCAUCAGAAGGAGGGUUGUACAGCAGGGAUUGAUGUUAUUUCUGGUUCUGUUGGAGACAUGGCUGAACGGGGUAUAUGUGAAGCAUUUAAAGUCAAGCAAGCUGUAUUGCUAUCUGCUACAGAAGCAGCUGAGAUGAUCCUUAGAGUUGAUGAAAUCAUCACUUGUGCUCCAAGGAGGAGAGAAGACAGAAUGUAAAAUAUGCCGAGGGUCCAAAUUUAGAUGCUUGGGGGUGCCUUUCGUUUUCUGGCAUACUAUUAACGAGUGCUGUGAUAUUUGAUAUGGUGGUUGUGAUCGGAAGAACUGGUUGUAAUGUUAAACAUUUGUUAGGUAAAAUUUUGAUUUGUUUUGGAACCCGGUCGCAUGCUGAUGGAUUGGGGUUGGGUGGUAUUUAUUCCUGCACUGCAAUUAGAGUUAAAUUAUGUCUAUUUGAAUUUAAGGACAUCAUCUUUUACUGCAUUCCUGAAUGAAGAUAUCUGGAGAUUUUUCGUCUA